UCCCGCGAUCCACCUUCGCCUCCGCGCCAUCUUUGUAUUAUUUCUAAUUUAUUUUAUAAUUUUUUUUAUAUCUAUUUUUGGUGGAUGACAAAGGCGUUGGAUGAAGAUAUUCUUUUGCCCCACCGGAGUCUCCUCUCUAACCCCGGCUCUCCCCGAUGUGAUCCGCGCUGAACGCCGCCGCCAGCCACCAUGUCUCGCCGCAAGCAAGGCAAACCCCAGCACUUAAGCAAACGGGAUUUUUCGCCAGCCGAGCCCCUCUCCACGGCCGUCGUCUCGUUGGAGGAGCUGUCGGAACGUUGCUCGGAGCACUCGGAGGAGAGCGGGAGCCUCAACGGGCAUCACCCGGUUUCCGCCGUCGGUCGGCUCGCCCGGUUGGGUCACGACGCUCACCCCUCUCUGGAGCAGGACCUCCUGACCUGCGGCCAAUGCCAGGCCACCUUCCCCCUGGCGGACAUCCUGCUCUUCAUCGAGCACAAGAGGAAGCGAUGCCACGGGCCGCCCUGCCUGGCUGUAGGCAGGGGGCUGGACAAACCCCCCUCGCCCUCUCCGGGUUUGGCCCUCACCCCGUCGCCCGCCUUGGGUUCUCUGCACCGCAGGAGGCCCGUGGAAGUUGGCGUCCAGGCUACGCUGGCGGAGGACGACGAGGAUCGGUUUUCUACGCCCAGGGGGAUUUUCCCCAAACAGGAACUCCUCCCAGGUAAGGAGGAGCCAACAACCUAUACCUGCACUACAUGUAAGCAGUCCUACGGCAGCGCCUGGUUCUUGCUGCAGCAUGCCCAGAACACCCACGGAUUUCGUAUCUACCUAGAAAGUGAACAUGGCAGUCCUCUCACCCCACGCAUGGGUGGGCCUUCCUCCCUGGGCGGAGGUGCAGACUGCCCUUCUCAGCCUCCCCUUCACGGUCUCCAUCUGCCUCCCGACGCAAGCCCCUUCAACCUCCUCCGCAUCCCCGGCUCGGGCUCAGGUGGAAGAGACAGCGUCGGAGCAGGGGGUGGACUUGGCGUCGGUGUUGCUGCCGGUGGGGGACAUCAUCAGCGUUUCCCUCCCACGCCACCCCUGUUCAGCCCCCCUCCAAGGAACCACCUGGACCCCCACCACCUGAGCCCAGAGGAGCUGGCGCUGGCCGCCCACCACCCGAGUGCCUUUGACAGGGUGCUGCGCCUCAAUCCUCUGCCCCUGGACCCCCCUCCAACAAUGGACUUCUCACGGCGGCUACGGGAGCUGGCGGGCAACACCUCAGGGUCCACUCCCCCGCUAUCCCCCAGCCGGCCCAGCCCCAUGCAGCGCUUGCUCCAGCCAUUCCAGACAGGAGGUGGAAGUGGAAGCACAGGAGGUGCAGGGGGCAGCAAACCUCCAUACCUUGCUACCCCACCCCCCCUUCAAGGCUCCAUGCAGUCACCUGUGGGCUCUCAGACCACUCCUACUACCCCUCUUCCCUCUGCAGGGGCAACACCCUCCUCCACCAACCCCCUGAAAUCAAAGUGUUGUGAGUUUUGCGGCAAGGCUUUCAAGUUUCAGAGUAAUCUAAUAGUGCACCGGCGCAGCCACACGGGGGAGAAGCCGUACAAAUGUCACCUGUGUGAUCAUGCCUGUACACAGGCUAGUAAACUGAAGCGCCACAUGAAGACACACAUGCACAAAUCCUCCUCGCCAAACACAGGCAAGUCAGAAGAUGGACUCUCAACAGCCUCCUCCCCAGAGCCUGGCACCAGUGAGCCAUUGGGCAGUGCGAGCAAUGCCCUGAAGUCAGUGGUGGCCAAGCUGAAAAGCGUGAACAACCGUAUGCUACGUGAGAAUGGGGAGGAGGAGGAGGAGGAAGAGGAGGAGGAGGAAGAGGAAGAGGAGGAGGAAGAAGAGGAAGAGGAGGAAGAAGAAGAGGGAGAGGAGGAGGAAGAGCAGAACGGAGAGAGGGCAGCCAGAAGAACCAACAACAGCUACCACUUUGGCUUGAACCUUGAAGCGGCACGUCAGCAUGAAAACAACGGAGGUAUCGGAAGUCGACUGGGAAGCAUUGUCGAUGAAGGGCCGAUCCCUCGCUCACUGCCUGAGGUGAUGCAGGGGAUGGGUCUGGCCGCUAGCAUGCAGCACUUCAGCGAGGCCCUCAGCGCGCACAAACGGAAUGCAAUGGCCCAGGAGAACCACCUGCACCACCACCUCAACCGAGACCAUCACCACAAUCGCGAGAUGUGUGAUGGGGACUCGGUGCUGGAGACAGAUCGCGGAGAGGAGGGCUCCGUCUCGACAGUCAAUGGGCGGGGAGCAUCCCCCAAUGAAUCUGCCUCUGUCGGCCUCUCUAAGAAACUACUUCUGGGUAGCCCCAGUCCACUUAGUCCUUUCUCCAAACGCAUCAAGCUGGAAAAGGAAUUUGACGUGCCCACUCCCACAAUCCCUAACACGGAGAACGUCUACUCCCAGUGGUUGGCUGGCUAUGCCGCCUCCCGACAACUCAAGGACCCUUUUCUGAACUUUGGGGAUUCCAGACAAUCGCCCUUCGCCUCUUCGUCUGAGCAUUCUUCAGAGAAUGGCAGUCUGCGUUUCUCGACCCCACCGGGGGAACUGGACGGGGGGAUGUCGGGCCGCAGCGGAACAGGAAGCGGAGGCAGCACACCACACCUCGGGGGCCAUGGGCGGCCCACCUCCAAGGAAAGCCGCAGGAGUGAUACUUGUGAGUAUUGCGGCAAGGUGUUCAAGAACUGCAGUAACCUGACAGUGCACCGGCGCAGCCACACAGGGGAGAGACCGUACAAGUGUGAGCUGUGCAAUUAUGCUUGUGCUCAGAGCUCCAAACUUACUCGCCACAUGAAGACCCACGGUCAGGUGGGCAAAGACGUGUACAAGUGUGAAAUUUGUAAGAUGCCCUUCAGUGUCUACAGCACCUUGGAGAAACACAUGAAAAAAUGGCACAGUGACCGUCCUUUGAGUACCGAAAUAAAGUCAGAGUAG